AGUUCCAAAUCGAAUCGUACAUGCACAGUACAGACGUACGUCGAUGCAGCAUUUAUACACACCGUACGCAGCUGCAAUACUGAAGAUUAAGGGAGAAGCUAGAUAUAGGAUUUCAAGUUCAGAACAACAAGUUAAGAAGCUUGCUGCACGAUGGAAUUCAUCGAGGAUGAUGACGGAGUGGCAAUGCAGACGCCUUUGCGGGCAAUUCUACCUAGAUCUACCCAUAAUGAAGAUCAUGAAUACCAUUACCAUGUAAAUAACUUUGAGAGCCAUGAUGAAUCUGGAUUCACAGCAUCACUGGUGAUAAAUGUCAAAGCAGAAGAUGAUGCAAAAAAAUGGAUGAGCGAGUUUGCAGAGUCUUCUAGCACCACAUGGAGGGUAAUGAGAACCUGCCCGACAGCGAAGAAAUAUGUGCUCUUCAAGAAGAUCUAUCGAUGUCAUCAUGGGCAGCAAAGACGGGCUAAGGAAGGGACAUCUCGUCACAGCAAGGACACUGGGUGCUGCGCUAAACUUACUCUCACUGUAAGGAGAACAGUGACACAAUCCGGGAGGAAGAGCAAAAACUCAGACCCCCAUAUCCAGACACAUCCAACACUGGUUAAGCUAGAAUGGAAACAUAACCAUGUUAUCUCCAUUCCUGCUGCACUUAAGUACAGAGAUGCGAGUCCUGAGACCUGUGCAAAACUUGAGGAGCUGUUUAAGAAUGGGAACUCACCAGCCAGUGCACUCAACAUUCUAGAAUUGGAGCUACAGAUACAGGAUCCAGACAAGUACGUCAUGAACUGUGCAGACAGGUCGAUUUGCCCAGAUUUGCACUUUUGUUACCGACUCUAUCACAAGAUCUUCAGAAAGGCCUAUGGUCCUGCAGAUGGUGCAGAUAUGGUCGCAGCUGUUGACGAGAAAGUAAUUGCUAAUUACAACAAAGAAGCAGGGAUGACAUGUGCCAAGAUGAUUAGGAGCAGCACUGGGGAGCUGAUCAUAGGAAUUUGCACUCCACUGAUGCAGCGUGUACACACUUUAAUGACUCACAGCAGCGAACUUGUGUUCCUUGAUUCGACAGGUAUUUCAUAUUUAUGUCCUUACAUACAUGUAUGUAUAAUACCCCAUUCACAGUGGCUUUCAAAUUUUCAACGGUGCUAAAA